AUGCCGGUGGUUUGGCCCACGCUGCUCGACCUCAGCAGAGAUGAAUGCAAACGAAUCCUGCGCAAACUGGAGCUGGAAGCGUACGCCGGCGUGAUCAGCGCUCUGCGCGCUCAAGGAGAUCUCACCAAAGACAAGAAGGAGCUGCUGGGAGAACUCACUCGAGUGCUGAGUAUCUCGACGGAGCGGCAUCGAGCGGAGGUGCGCAGAGCUGUGAAUGACGAGCGCCUGACCACCAUCGCUUAUCACAUGUCGGGGCCCAACAGCUCGGCGGAGUGGUCCAUCGAGGGCCGGCGGCUGGUUCCUCUCAUGCCCAGACUGGUUCCUCAGACGGCCUUCACUGUGAUGGCCAACGCAGUAGCAAACGCGACCGCGCACCAGAACGCCUCGCUGCUGCUGCCCGCCGAGACCGCCAACAAAGAAGGUGUGAGCUGCUCCGAUGAGGACGAGAAACCCCGUAAGAGGCGGAGAACCAACUCGUCUAGCUCCUCCCCCAUGCUGCUGAAGGAGGUGCCUAAAGUGGCCACGCCCAUUCCCAAAACCAUCACGCUUCCGGUGAGCGGCAGCCCCAAGAUGAGCAACCUGAUGCAGAGCAUCGCCAACUCGCUGCCGCCGCACAUGUCACCGGUGAAGAUCACCUUCACCAAACCCUCCACCCAGACCACCAACAGCACCACGCAGAAGGUAAUAAUCGUGACGACGUCUCCCAGCUCCAACUUCGUGCCCAACAUCUUGUCCAGGUCGCACAACUACGCGGCCGUGUCGAAGCUGGUGUCGAGCGCCGCGUUCAACGCGUCCAGCCAGAAGCAGACCAUGGUGCUCUCAGCCGCCGGCUCCGCCGUGGCCCCGGGGCCCAGUCCUGUCGCCGUGACGACCAUGGUGUCCUCCACACCUUCAGUGGUGAUGUCCACCAUCGCACAGGGCGGGUCGUCCGCGGCGGUGAAGGUGGCCUCCACUCGUCUGCCGUCUCCCAAGGCUUUGGUCAGCUCUCCGUCUCAGAUCCUGCAGAUUCCCAGAGCGCAGCAGCAGACGGCGGUUCAGUCUGCGUCUCCUAAAGGCCUCCAGGCCUCGUCUCCUCAGAGCGCCGCCGCCGGAGCCAAGCCCACCAUUCAGAUCAAACAGGAGUCUGGAGUGAAGAUCAUCACGCAGCAGAUGCACCCCAGUAAGAUCUUACCCAAACCCUCCAGCGCCGCGCUGGCCAGCAGUAGCUCCGCCCCCAUCAUGGUGGUCAGCAGCAACGGCGCCAUCAUGACCACUAAACUGGUGUCCACUCCCACAGGCUCUCAGGCGUCGUACACGCGUCCAUCCGUCAGUCCUGCGAUCGGCACGCGUGUGGCCACAUCUCCCGCCGGAGCCACGUACGUCAAAACCACCAGCGGCAGCAUCAUCACCGUCGUGCCCAAGUCUCUGGCCACGCUGGGAGGCAAGAUCCUCACCACCAACAUGGUGUCGGGAACCACCACCAAGAUCACCACCAUCCCCAUGACCUCCAAACCCAACGUCAUCGUGGUGCAGAAGACCACCGGCAAAGGGACGACUAUCCAGGGUCUGCCGGGGAAGAACGUGGUGACGACGCUGCUGAAUGCAGGGGUGAGGUCACGUGACGCUGCUGCGCACCGUGCUGCUGUCCUGAUCAAGCCCAAGCCCAUGGCGUUUCAGACGGCGCUGGUGAGUGAACAGACCCGUCAGCUGGUGAGCGAGACGCUGCAGCAGGUCUCACGCAGCGCCGGAUCCGGCCAGGACGACUUGUCCUCGUAUACGGAGAGCAGCCCGGUGUCGUCUGACAGCACUCACGACGCUCAGCCGGUGGUGCACCUCAUCACCUCCAGGGGGCAGGAGUGGACGGAGCAGGAGGUGUCUGUGGAGGCGAGUCCCACCAUCAUUUACCAGGACAUGACGGGAGAGUCUCAGUCGGCCACAUCCACCAUCAAAGCCCUGCUGGAGCUGCGGCGGACCAGCGUGAAGGAGAAGAGCGACGCCAAACCACGCCAGCACACCAUCGACCUGAGUCACAUGGCAGUGCCGAUCCCAGUGACGGCGGAGAGGAGACAGUCCCCGGAGCCGUCGGGUCAGAGCGCCGGAGACACGGACACGGUCACUGAAUACAUCCCCAUCGGUAAAGUGUGUAAGGCUGUGAUCGGAGGAGACGUCACUGAGUCCAGCAGCCAGAGUCAAUCAGUGUCCUGUCCACCAUCAGCAGUGCCGACCACAGCCACACAACCGGUGGAGGCGUGUGUGCCGCAGGUGAAGCCGCUGCAGGAGCAGAUGGUGGUGGAGGAGGGCGAGCUAGAGGGAGACACUCUGGAUCCUCAGACGGGUCUGUUCUACCGCUCGUCACAGCCCAAACCUGCAGCCGGCCCAUCUGACACGCCCACUUCCUCUAAGAGGGCGGAGCCUCUCACGCCCCGAGUCUCCGUACAGAGAGCUGCUGCGUCUGCGUCUGCGACGCUCGUCUCCUCGAACCCUCCACACAAACCGCAGCUGCCCAAACUGCAGCAGGCACCCUCCUCACACCACCGGCCCAACACACACACGCAGCUGUCGCAGCCGCCGCCGCUGCAGGCGCAUCACCCCGUGUGCUCCAGCAAGACUCCCAGCAGCAGCCAGCUGCAGCAGCCGAUCAUCACGCAGGGAGCGUCCGUCACGAAGAUCACGUUCGGCGCUCAUCAGUGCCCCCCGGUGUCCAGCAGCGGCGAGGCGUCCGUCAAGCUCCAGCCGGAGUCCAGCUCCAGCGUGACGGCGCCGGAGAAGACCUCCGACAUCCUGAAGAUCUCCAUGAUGGAGGCGGAGAUCGAGCCCAUGGUGGUGGACUCCUCCAGCGACUGCGGCCCGCUGACCAAACCACCGAGCGCCUCGCCGCUCAUCAGCAGCUCCAAACAGACGCUCGGCCGCGUCAAGAGUAAAGACCUGGACAUCAUACAGGUGAUCCCGCAGUACUCCAUCAUGCCCGACUCCAGCCAAUCAAACGUGGUGGUGGAGCCCAGCGGCUUCCUGGAGAUCUCCGACUUCACCAGCCAGCGUCUGGACGAGGAAGCUGCCAUGGAACAGGAAGUGGACAGCAGCAACGACGAGGGGGCGGCGGCCAGCCCCACAGCUGACCAAUCACAGUGAAGCGUGCGGAUUUGAUUUGUUCAGAGGAGAAAGACCUUCUGUUUGUGCUUCAUCACAGCUGUAUAGAGAAUCAUGCAGUGAGUUUGUGCUGUAGAGCGAAACCUUACUUUAUGGAGAAUCAGAUUCCUGAUGGAACGAUAGGAAUGUUUGUGUUGAUUUCUACUUAAAGAGACAGUUCACCCAAAAAUAAUAAUUCUGUCUUUGUUUACUGUCCUUCGGGUUUUUCAAACCUGUAUGAGGUUCUUUCUUCUGUUGAACACAAAAGAAGAUGUUAUG